AUGAAUCCAGGUGCCGUUAUUGAUCACCUAAAAAGUGCACUAUCUUUAGGUUGUGAAUUGUUUGUAUCAACCUUACUAAUUUUAAUUAGGCAGAUGCAAUCGGCGAAGUUAUUGCUUUCUCGGGAGGAGCAAUAUCUUCUCCAAAACAUUUUAAUUGAAUUUUCAGCAAAAUAUGAUGUUUCUUUUUCCGCUGAAGCCUUAAGGAAAGCAUACACCUUCCUUAUUGAUAAUAAUAUAUCGAUAGGGGAGGAUUCUCAAAGUGUGUCGGGUUGCGAAAAUGAACCUGCCAGUGGGGUCGCUAGUCAAGCAGGAGGCAGUGGACCUACUUUGUAUGAGAUUCUGGCUAGAGAGAAAACCUUUUUUAAAAGAUUCAAUGUUGAAGGUGUAAAGUUGAAAUACCGCAUAAAAGAGUUCGGAAAUGCUAGCGAAAAAUCUAUCAUGGCAUUAGAAAAAGCAUUCGAUGGUAUCAUUAGGGAUGUUGUCUCAAAUGCAGUCGCUGGAAGUAAAGUCAGCUUUACCAUAACACUUCCAAACUCGCCUGAAAUAAAACCAAUAUGGUCUAGUUUGAGACCUGUCAGUGAAUUAAGUGGGAAGUAUAUUCUCGACUUAAUAUCUAAUGUAAACCAAUCAAAUGGCGUUUUCCUUUCAGAUGAGAUCAUGCAAAUGGAAGCCCACAUUGUUAACUUUCCUUUCGGCGGUGGGGAUACAAAUAGAACCAUUGAUCCUAGAACGGAAGAUGAGAUUGUGGUUUUAAGAAAGAAGAGAAGUGUGGUAGAUGUUGGUAAAAGCAAUGAUUUUUACUGCCUUCCACGAAGCAUAUGUUAUGCAAUGAAGAUGACUAUUGAAGGUUUCAGCCACUUAUCUGUGAUGAAACUGUUGGAUGGAUUAGCCAGAAACUUGUGCAAAAAGGCUAACGUUAUUGUUGGUGAGCAAGGUUGCACUUCAACUGAUAUCUAUAAAUUUCAAAAAAUUUUAGAUGGUUUUCAAAUAGUUGUGUUUGACAACCUCAAGGAUUCAAAUUCUAUUCUCUUCAGAAUCCCAGUGGAAAAUCAGUCUCUCAAGAAGAUAUAUCUUUAUUACUCUAAAUUGUUCCAGCAUUUCUAUGUCAUCAAGUCGUUGACCGCCUUUUUUAACAGGAAAUAUUUGUGCUCUUUCUGUGAUAAGGUGAUGUAUCACAGGUUCCACAAAUGUGAGAUGAAGUGUACAUACUGCCUUUCAUCACCUCCAUGUGCUUUUGUUGAAAUGAUGGUAAAUUGUCAAGCGUGUAAUCGUGUGUUCAGGGGUGAAAACUGUCUCAGUAAACAUAUUCAGAAUAAAGUUACUGAUAAAACAGUUUGUGAUACAUUUAAAAUAUGCACUAUGUGUUCGAAAUUUUUAAAUCUCGAGAAAAGAGGGAAAGACGAUCAUAAAUGCGAUGAGUUCUUUUGUCAGGCCUGCUCAAGAAUUGUUCCGCCAGAACAUUUAUGUUACAUAAAGCGGUACAGAGGCAGUGCUGACAAAAAGUUCUUAAUAAUAUUUUUCGAUUGUGAAGCCACUCAAGAUACGCCUAACGGUAGCAAUUCUUUCGUGCAUGUUGUAAACUUAAUUGUCGCACAGCAGGUUUGUUAUUCUUGUUAUGAAAAUUUUGAUAUACAGCAGCAAUGCAACGUGUGUGGGGUCAGGGAGCAUGUAUUUGAAUACGGUAAUAAUGAAACAGAUGUAGUUGGGAGGUUUCUAGAUUACUGUUUAAUGCAUCGUCCGGCUUUCACCAAUAUAUAUUGUAUAGCGCAUAAUUUACAGGGCUAUGAUGGACACUUUAUAAUUUCCGAAUUACUAGAUAGGAAAAUAGAUGUAAACCCUAUAAUGAAUGGUACUAAAAUAAUGAGGUUGACUUGUGGACGGUUAGCAUUUAUUGAUUCUUUGAACUUUUUGUCAUUCCCUCUCUCAAAAUUUCCUAGUGUCUUUGACAUUAAAGAUCAUUCCAAGGGAUACUACCCUUAUUUUUUUAAUACGGUAGAUAAUAUUGAUUAUGUUGGCAAAUUUCCUUCUGUAGAAAUGUAUGGGUAUAAUACUAUGAAGGUAAAGGAAAGGAAUGACUUCAUCCAGUGGUAUAAUACAGUUUCCCAAGGAGUCUUUGAUAAUAAGAAAGAGAUGUUAAUGUAUUGUAAAAAUGACGUCAAUAUUUUACGAUUGGGGUGUAGCAAAUUCAUGCAAGAAUUUCUUAAUAUAACAGGUAUAAAUCCUUUAAUUGAAUCGCUAACAAUUGCAUCAGCGUGUAUGCUAGUAUUUCGACGUAAUUUUCUCAAAGAAAAUACCUUAGGUAUAAUGCCUAGAUCUGGUUAUUACAAGUCUCAAAACCAGUCUGUUCUUGCACGGAAAUGGCUUGCUUUGGAAAGUUCAAAAACCAGUGAUGAAAUUGCUUCAGUAAACAACAAGGGUGAGGUAAGAUUAGAGAGAUGUGGACUGUUGGUGGAUGGUUUUAACUCUAAAACGAACACAGUAUACGAAUUUUUUGGGUGUUUUUACCAUGGAUGUAGAGAAUGUUUCAAGAUAUUAGAGACGUCAACAAAUGUAACUAGAAAAGUUGGUACUUUAUCGCAAAGGUAUGAAAGUACAAUGAAAAGAAUAGACUUAAUAAAGCGCAGUGGCUACAAUUUAAUAUAUUCUUGGGAAUGUAACUUCAAACAACUUUUAAAGAGAAAUAUUGAGAUACGGCGGCAAUUGGAUGAAAAAGUUGUUAAUAUUCUACCACCACUUAAUCCACGUGACGCUGUUUUUGGGGGACGAACUGAAGUUUUUAAGCUACAUCAUAAAGUUGAAGGCGAUGAAGUAAUACGAUAUCUAGAUUUCACUAGUUUAUAUCCAUAUAUAAACAAAUAUGCACCGUACCCUAUUGGUCAUCCUGAAAUUUUCCGUUUUGAAAAUAUACCCCCGCUGGAGGAAAUUGUAUCAAUGCACGGUUUUAUUACAUGCACAGUCAUACCACCUACUGAUUUGUUUUUACCAGUACUACCUUUCAGAGGCAACCUUAAAUUAUAUUUUACCUUAUGCCGGGUUUGUGCUGAAACAAAUAGGGUUUUCGGUUGCGAUCACAUUCAGGAUGAGAGACAAAUAACCGGCACAUGGGUUAUACCUGAGGUCUCACGGGCCAUUAAAAAUGGUUAUAAGGUUCAAGAGGUAUAUGAGGUAUGGAAAUAUGACUUCACUCAAUAUGACCCCAUUACAAAAAGUGGAGGAUUAUUUGCCGAUUAUGUCAACACCUUUCUUAAGAUUAAACAGGAGGCAAGUGGAUGGGGGGAUAAAUAUGAAAGUGAAGCUGAAAAAGAGAAUUUUAUACAUUCUUAUCAGUCGAGAGAGGAUAUUCUUCUCGAAAAAGAUCAUAUUCACAAGAAUCCGGGCAGGAGAAAUACAGCCAAAAUCUGUUUAAAUUCUUUCUGGGGGAAGUUUGCGCAAAGGGAAGAUAGAACGCAAACCAAAGUUUUCAACAGUUCUGAGGAUUUUAGCAACUUUUUACAAUCACCUGGUAUAGAGAUAUGCUCUUUAAUCCCUAUUAAUGAGGAGACUAUUUGGGUUACAUGGAGAUACCUCGAGGAAAAUUUAAAUAUGUUACCUCAUGUAAACAUACCUAUCGCGGCUUAUACAACAGCUUUUGCGCGUAUGAAACUUUACGACGCUCUAAAAAAAGUCGGUAAAAAUAUUCUCUACUGCGACACAGAUAGUUUAAUCUUCAUAGAUAGCAAAAGUAAUCCUUUGAGUUUUCCGAUAUCCGACUUUCUAGGGGAUCUAACGAACGAGGUUGACUGUUUUGGGAAAGAUUCUUAUAUAACCGAAUUUGUUAGCACUGGUCCAAAGACUUACGGUCUUAAAAUUGAAACGGGUUUGGGUACUGAACAUGUUGUGAAAUGUAAAGGGAUAACAAUAAAUUUUAAAAAUUCAAAAGUUGUUAAUUUUGAUCACUUGAAGAAUCUAGUGACUGGUGAUCAUGAGGGGGAUUCAAUCUGCGUGGUAAAUGAUAGCAAAAUUAAACGCAAGCGGCCUGGUAUUGUAAUCUCAACGACGGAAAAGAAACAUUUACAAUUCACAUUUGAUAAAAGAGUUGUUACGGAAGAAAACUGUUCAUAUCCAUAUGGGUUCAAACGAGCUAGAAUACAGAGCUAA